GAUUAUCUACAGUCGAACACUAAACAACCAGCUGUUCAGUUCUCGCGGGGUUCUCCUGCUUGUGUGUAGAAUAUUUGAUAAUCCUCUCGAGUUCAAGCGAACGACACUCAAAUCACUAAUUAAUAACAGUGCGAACGCAGCACAGAAGCACGUUGCGCUCUAUUCCAGUGUCGAUUCUAGACCAGUGAAGAUGAGUAUUCUCGUACGCUUCGCAGCAAUUUGCUCGAUGGUAUUGCUAUUAACGAUCGGUGCUAGUGGGCAGAGUAGUGAUUUAGCGACAGGAGAUGAAUGCAUCGUGCAGAGAACAAAUGCCCCUGGAAUUUGCCGGCUUGUGUCGGAGUGUCCGUCGGUAAUUGACGAUAUCCGAAACCGGCGUGCUAAUCCUACUAAGUGUGGAUUCGUGAACAGAGUUCAAGUGGUCUGCUGCCCGGAUGGAGUCCAACCGAAAACAACAACCUCAACGAGCGCACCUUUGACCUCACCGAUGAGUAAUCAUCCUCGAAUCGCGGAAAAGUGCAUCGAGUAUGGGGAAGCCGUCUUCUCGAAAGAAUACGUCAACUCGGUUGGUGCCGACGAGCCGAAGCUGCAGCGAUUGGAUAAGUGCGGUCACAAAGCGAUUGAGUUGGUGGUGAAUGGCGAGGCAGCUAAAUCGCGGGAAUUCCCCCACAUGGCUCUGAUUGGAUACGGUGCAGCGCCUGAGGUGAACUACCUGUGCGGUGGAUCACUGGUUUCGGAGAGAUUCGUUCUGACCGCUGGCCAUUGCACCAAUUCUAUCGAACAUGGGCCCGCCACCACCGUCCGUCUCGGGGACCUAGCUCUGGAUUCUUCGAACGACGAAGCCUUCCCGGAGGAUUUCAACAUCGCUGAAACGAUUCCACAUCCGGACUACCGCCUAACGUCGCAGUACAACGAUAUCGCCCUGAUGAAGCUAGACCGGAAGGUGAUCCUUUCGCCGUUCAUUCGACCGAUCUGUCUGCCACUGAGUGGUGAACUACGGUACAAUCGGGCCAUUGCCACCGGAUGGGGCACCAUCGGGUACGGAGAAGCGACGAGCCCUAUUCUGUUGAAGGUGGUGCUGGAUAUGUUUGCAUACGACGAAUGCACAGUGCAGUUCGAGGCAAAUCGGAAACUAAAGGAUGGUUUGAACCAAGGGACUCAGAUCUGUGCCGGGUCGCGAGAUUCCACCAAGGACACUUGUCAGGGCGAUUCAGGAGGACCGCUGCAAGUGUACAACGAUGAAAGCGUAUACUGCACGUACACGAUUAUCGGAGUGACCUCAUUCGGAAAGUACUGCGGUUUGGCGGGAUCACCCGGCGUCUAUACUAACGUAUACCCGUUUCUAUCGUGGGUUGAAAAUUUGAUAUUUUGAUUUAACCAAUAAAUACUUACCUCAAUGCCGAUAGGCAUCGCUCAUGAACAAA